AUGCCUGCCGGAAUCGGUAGCUGCGCGAUGGCGCCAACGAGCAACGGAAAUCCUUUCGAACGCGAACAAAAGGAUCAUCCGGCGUUUACGAUUCUCCAGAAAGACGGUCUGGACACGAGUCUGCCACUACUGCACGUGAACGGCGACGAGUCGAUUCGAUCGGACGUCCACGGAUUCGAGAACGGCAAGAACAAUCUGUUCGAUCGAAGACGAAGAAGCAGAUCGAACGAUCAUCUUCUUCAAGCAGCUCUCCAAAGCAAUCAGGCGAAUCCACUGAAGAAGAAAGCUAGAAGCAGAAGUCAGGACAGUUCGCGUUCGUUGGAAAAGGUUCCGGUAAUCAAACCGAGCAUCACCUUGUCCACCGAAAAUUUCAACGAAGUUCUGAACGCGAAAUUGAAGAAACUGCAAGAACAGGAGAAGCAAGAACAACGAAAGAACGCGAAGAGGAACGAGAACGUUGGCAGGAAACCGUUCAUCAGUACCGUGAAAACGGGGGAAUUUCUGAUGCCACCACCGGAAGUAGCGGCUCUACUUGGCAUCGCACCACCCACCAACGGUACCAACGAAAUCGACGUUUGCCCUUUGCGGUCGAGAUUUAAAACCCUCGUGUCGCUGGCCAGAAAACCGGAAGUACGUCACAACAGCCACAAUGCCAGGUGUCCGGCCGCGCUCAAGGCCACAGUCGACUACACCCUUGGAAUGAUGAACGCGACCACCAUCGCUGCAUCGACCUUGGACGACAGGCUGAAAACGAUGAAGAGAAACGACGCGACCGAUCAACCGGUUCCCUUUGGGAAUAUCAUGUUUGAUCGUCGGGUCGUUCGCGGAAGUACCUACGCCACUGCCCCUAUCCUCAUCGAUGGAGAACAAUCGACAGCAGCCAGACAAGCGGAAGCUAGGAGAAGGAACUUGACGAGGAAACGAGCACAAGCUCAAGCCACGAAAGCACUCGUCCUUAGAAAGGGUUCGCCACCUCCGGUUGCUGGUCGCAAACACGAGCCGGUGCAAACGGAUCUCUUUCUCGAAGAGCUAUCGGAGAAGCCGGACGAAUCCGAAGUCGCGACACAAACCGAUUACUUCUUGGAUAGACCUCCAACCCCGCAACCCUGCCCGCAGAAGGUUGGCGAAGAUGUUAGCACGCAAAUUGAACCCGGCGAUCUGUUCGACUUCGACUACGAAGUGCAACCGAUCCUCGAGGUACUCGUUGGAAAGACGAUGGAACAGGCAUUGAUCGAGGUACUGGAAGAAGAAGAAGUUGCUGCUCUGAAGGAACAACAAAGGAAAUUCUUAGAGCUUCGAGCCGCGGAAAAAGCGGAAGCUCGAAGAUUGGAAGAACAAGAAAGAAGAGUAAGGGAAGAAAAGGAUCAACGAUUAAGGCAACACGAGAAAGCAAUGGUAGCUGAAAAGGAAACGGAAGAACGUAUCGCGGCAGCGACUCUUUUAACAGGAUACAUUGCAGAACUUUUGCCAGCGGUUCUAGAAGGAUUGAAAAUGUCUGGAUUCCUAUUGGACGAGAUCAAGGCUGAUGUCGAGGAAGGUUUCGUUCCCUGGUUAAUGAAAGAGGUGAAAAAGGAGAUGGGCAACAUGAUCGAGAGUAGAGAACUUCUCAUGGAAAUCGUGAGGGAGAUUCUGGAGAGUCGUGCAGAAACUUAUAAAAAGCUUGGCGAAGAAUACGAUGCGUCGAGGAUAAGGAAACCGUCGAUAGAACAUAUAGAAGAUGGAGGUAUCGACCGAAAUUUCGUGGAUUAUCAACCACCAGCUAUCGAAAACACGGACGUCGUUGAAAGAGUCGAUUAGUCGAAACACUCUGAUCCGUUUGAAAUCGAGGAAAAAAACAAGGCAAAUGAAAAGGAACGAUCGAAGCCAAGGAAGGAAUUCUCUAACGAACGAUAG